GAAGCGCAAGGGUAUGGCAAGGAUCAACAGAUGCCGGCAGGCUACCCCGACUGGGCCGCGGCUUUCCAGGCGUACUACGGGCAGGCGGGGCAGCCACCGCCGGGGUACUACCCUGCAGCAGCCGCCGCUCCCCAGCAUCACCCCUACAUGUGGGGGCAGUUCCACACAGUCUAUCUCUCCCUCCCCCUCCCCCUCCCCCUCCACCCUCCCCUCUCCCCCUUUGCCUCACCGCUCCCCCUUUGCGUCUCCACUCCCCCUCUGCGUCUCCAACUACCCGAUCCCCCCUUCCCCCAUGGCACCGUACGGCCACCCGCUCAUCACCUUCCCCUCCCUCCACCCGUCUACCCCCCUCCCUCCACCCACACCCCCCUCCCUCCACCCGUCUACCCCCCUCCCUCCACCCACACCCCCCUCCCUCCACCCGUCUACCCCCCUCCCUCCACCCGUCUACCCCCCUCCCUCCACCCGUCUACUCCCCUCCCUCCUCCCCUUACCCUCCUCCACCCCCCCCCCCCACCUCCCUUUCUCCGCGCAGCACCUGAUAUUACCACGGCUCACUUUCCCCCUCCUCCCACCUCCUCCCCUCCCGCCUCCCCCUGCCCCCACCCCCCUCCAUCCGCUUCCCACCGCAACCCCUCCCCAUGCGCACAUGAUGACGCCCUACGGCCAGCCUCCCAUCAUCUUCCCGUCUUCCCCCUCCCUCCUCUCCUCCGCUCCCCCUCUCCCCCCUCCCCCUCUCUCUCCUCCCCCGCUCCCCCCGAGCAGCACAUGAUGACGCCAUACGGCCAGCCUCCCCCCUAUGGCGCCCCCAUGUAUCCCCCUGCUGCCAUGUACCCGGUAAGAGCAGCUGUCAUGUACUCGGUAAGAGCAGCUGCCAUGUACCCGGGAAGAGCAGCUGCCAUGUACUCGGUAAGAGCAGCUGCCAUGUACCCGGUAAGAGCAACUGCCAUGUACCCGGUAAGAGCAGCUGCCAUGUACCCGUCUUAUGCUCCCACUUUUCCUUCCCGUUCCACUCUCCUGCCCACUCUGUCUCGUUAA